AUGGCGGUGAAAUUGGAACCGUCUUACUUCUCCAGCGAGUAUAUGCAUCCAGACGCCCCGCUGGAGGAGGACCAUGACGAAGAGGAAAGAAUAACAGAGGAAGACAGUUGGGUGGUGAUUGGAUCGUUCUUUGGUAGCCAUGGAUUAGUAAAUCAGCAGAUCGAAAGUUACAAUGACUUUAUUGAGUACAGGAUGCAGGAGAUAAUAGAUGAGCACCCAGCAUUAGAAAUCAGGCCGCAGGCACAAUACCGCUCAGAGGGAGAUGAACAGAAAAACGUAAUGUACGCAUUAAAGUUUGGGCAACUGUCCUUAGAUAGGCCAUUCUACGAUGAGAGGAAUUUAACGAAUAAGAACUUGUGGCCACAGGAGGCAAGGCUAAGGAAUCUGACAUACUCGUCUGCUAUAUACAUAGAUAUUGAACAAAGUACGUACGUAGUGGAUGAAAGUUCAGGUAGCCAAAUUUUGAAGGAUAAAUUUAUAUACGAAAGAAUAAACUUGGGAAGAAUACCACUUAUGUUAAAAUCUAUGUUCUGUUGGACGAAGGGUUUACCAGAGAGCGAGAUUGCUGAUAUGGGUGAGUGUGCAUUUGAUCAAGGAGGAUACUUCAUUGUGAAUGGAGGGGAGAAGGUACUUGUAGCACAGGAACGAAUGGCUCACAAUUUUAUUUAUGUAUUUAAAAAGAAGCAACCUUCUAAGUUUGGGUGGGUAGCUGAGAUAAGGUCUCAGAUGGAGAGGUCUCAAGCUACAUCUGCAUUUUCUGUGAAGAUGAAAACGAAAACGGGUUCUAGGGGUUCAUCAGUGAGAACAGGAGGGCAAUUGGUGGCUACUUUACCCUAUAUAAGAACGGAAAUUUCCGUUGGAAUUUUGUUCAGAGCGUUGGGUUGUACAUCCGAUAGGGAUAUCCUCCAAAGAAUUGUUUACGAUUUUAACGAUAAAAUGAUGAUUAACACAUUGAGAGAGACAUUAGAAGAAUGUAUAGAUUAUCCUACACAGGAUAUUUGUCUUGAUUUCAUUGGUAAAAGAGGACCCACUGUUGGAGCAUCAAGGGAGAAAAGAAUUUUAUACGCCAAGGAGCUUUUACGCAAGGAGGUUCUACCUCACAUGGGUACUGGCCCAGGGGUUGAGAGCAAGAAAUCAUAUUUCAUUGGGUACAUGAUUAAUAGGCUAUUGUUAGCUGAACUGGGAAGAAUUAAGGAAGACGAUCGAGAUCAUUUUGGGAAGAAACGUUUAGAUAUUGCAGGGCCUCUAAUGGCCAGCAGUUUCUCUACUUAUUUUAGAAAAAUGGCUAAAGAUGUAAAACGGGUUCUACAAAGGCAGAUCGAUAAUAACAAGCCAUUUGAUGUAGCGGGAGCUGUUAGAAGUUGUUCACAAAUUACACAGGGAAUGCAGUAUCAGCUAGCUACAGGAAAUUGGGGUAAGGAUAAAGAUGGAAAGGUUAUAAGAACAGGAGUCGCACAGGUUCUUAAUCGAUUAACAUAUUCCUCGUGUUUGUCACAUCUGAGACGGUUGAAUACACCACUGGGUAGAGAAGGGAAAAUGGCGAAACCCAGACAAUUACAUAAUACCCAUUGGGGAAUGAUAUGCCCUUUUGAAACCCCAGAAGGACAAUCAGUAGGUCUCGUCAAGAAUCUCUCCCUAAUGUGUGAUAUAAGUGUAGGUACUUCCACAAAUAAUAUUUUCGAAUUUCUCCUGGAAUGGGGUUUAGAAUCCCUAGAUGAAGUUCCACCCCAAUUAAUGAAGGAAAAGGUGAAGCUCUUCCUGAAUGGGAAAUGGGUUGGGUGUUUCAAUCAAAUAGAUAACCUGAUCGAAACAUUGUAUGAGUUAAGGAGGAGGUGUGAUAUAUCUCCAGAGGCAUCCAUCGUAAGGGAUGUAAACAGUAAGGAGAUAAAAAUUUUUACAGAUUCGGGUAGAGCAAUGAGACCUCUAUACGUGGUGAAGAAUGUCAAGGGGGAAAAUAAACUAAAGUUAACUAAGGAGCAUGUAAAAAAUAUGAUGGCCUACCCGGAGACUUACAAUUGGGAUUACCUGAUCCAGGAAGGGAUUAUAGAAUACAUCGAUUGUGAAGAGGAGGAAACUACAAUGAUUAGCAUGUUUAUAGAUGACUUGAAAACAGGGACAGGGUACCAUAAUAAUUAUACCCAUUGUGAGAUUCACCCGUCAUUGAUCCUAGGUGUAUGUGCAUCUAUCAUCCCAUUUAGCGAUCACAACCAGAGUCCACGUAAUACAUAUCAGAGUGCCAUGGGUAAACAAGCCAUGGGAAUUUACGUUACGAACUUUAACAUACGGUUGGAUACCCUGGCUCAUUUGCUGUACUAUCCGCAGAGACCUCUUGUAUGCACCAAGGUGAUGGAAUAUUUACGAUUUAGAGAGCUGCCGGCGGGAAUUAACGCUAUCGUUGCCAUCAUGUGCUAUACAGGCUACAACCAAGAGGAUAGUCUGAUAAUGAAUCAGUCAUCCAUAGAUAGAGGUUUAUUUAGAAGUGUAUUUUACCGAACUUAUACUAGUGAAGAGAAACAACAAGGGAGUCUGAUCAUAGAAUCAUUUGAAAAACCAUCCAUUAGAUAUGUGAAAAAUUUAAAAAGGGGAGAUUACACCAAGUUAGAUAAUGAUGGGUUAAUCGCUCCAGGUAUACGGGUUCUAGGGGAUGAUAUCAUUAUCGGAAAAGUAUCUCCAAAUAUUGAAGACGAAGACGAUAUAGUGAUUCAAAGGAUGCCGAAUAUACAGAUGGGUUAUAAUUCUGGUGCAUCUACAUCUAAUGGAUUUAUGAUAGGGAAAGAGUCGUCAGCGGGAGGAAGCGUACUCAAUGGAAGUGCAAGUAGCGUUUGUGGAAGUGUUUCUUCAAGUCCCUAUUCUCCGUCAACAAUGGGAGGUUCCAAUAUGAUGGAUUCUAUGCCAGACUCUCCAGUGAGUGAUAGAUACAGUAGCAGUGGACCUGUGGGGUCUGCAACGGUGGGCCCAGCAAGUGUUUCUUCCUCUACCCCAAGCAAUACCACAAUUUUUAGGAGUGGAAACACGAUAUCCAGUGUGAAUAGCCCCCAAUAUGGAACCACUAUCGUUUCUGGAUCUACGAAGGACGACUUAGAAAUUCCCACACUUACCAUUAGUACCUCUAACAUCUUGAAGCAGUACAAGAAGGACUGUUCCUUAAGUUUACGAGAAAAUGAAAACGGGGUUAUAGACACCGUUAUGCUCUCUUCCAAUAGCCGAGGCAAUAAGUUCGCUAAGGUAAAAGUGCGGUCCGUACGUAUCCCGCAAAUUGGAGAUAAGUUUGCAAGUAGACAUGGACAGAAGGGUACGAUCGGAAUAACAUACCGAACGGAAGAUAUGCCCUUCAGUUCAGAUGGUACCUUUCCAGAUAUCAUCAUGAACCCCCAUGCAGUUCCAUCCCGUAUGACUAUCGGUCACCUCGUCGAAUGUCUAGCCGGGAAGGUGGCGGCUAUUGAGGGUGGAGAAGGAGAUGCAACUCCAUUUUCUAAAAUAACUGUACAGGAAAUUUCGCAAAGGUUACACAACCUUGGAUACGAAAAGUAUGGUAAUGAUGUGUUGUACAAUGGGCAUAAUGGAAAAAUGUUAAAAUCGAAAAUCUUCAUUGGGCCAACAUACUACCAAAGAUUGAAACACAUGGUGGAGGAUAAAAUUCAUGCCAGGAGUAGAGGUCCUCUGACGAUGAUAACUAGACAACCGACUGAAGGACGAUCCAGGGAUGGUGGAUUACGUUUCGGAGAAAUGGAAAGAGACUGCAUGAUUUCCCAUGGGUCUGCGAAGAUGCUGAAGGAGAGGCUCUUCGAAGAAAGUGAUGCAUACCGUGUGCACGUGUGUGACAACUGUGGGCUCUGUUGUAUCGCCGACAUUAACAAGAACGCCUACGAAUGUACAGUGUGUAAUAGUAAAACGAAUAUUUCGCAGAUCUACAUCCCCUACGCGUGCAAGUUGCUCUUUCAGGAGCUCAUGACCAUGGCUAUAUAUCCGAAGCUUGUCUUGGAGGAUAUGUAA